CUAUUGCCCUUAGCUUGCACUACCUUUCUAUCGCCAUGGCUGUCGCAAAGAAACCUUCAGCAGGAAAGUCAUCUUUACUAGUAAUUGCAGCCACUGUGUGCAGUUUUGCCUUCGUUGCCCUCUUGUACACUGAAAGAAUUAGUCUUCUUUCUUCCAAAACCGAGUUUAUUAGGCCUACCAAGUCUAAGAAAUCCACAGCAGAUGAUAGAAAAUUGGAAGGCAGUGUAAUUGCUAAUGGUGCAGUAAAUGAUGGAUUUAAGGUUGAUCCGGAUGAAUGCAGUGUUACGCAAGGGAAAUGGGUUUUUAAUCGCUCUAUCGAGCCUUUAUACUCAGACACAACUUGUCGAUAUAUUGACAGAAAAUUUGCGUGUGUCAAGAAUGGUCGAAACGAUUCGGAUUACCUUCGCUGGGUAUGGCAGCCAGAUGACUGCACCUUGCCAAGUUUUGAUCCUGAGAUUGCUCUGAGGAAAAUCAAGGGAAAGAGGCUAAUGUUUGUAGGAGAUUCACUGCAAAGGAACCAAUGGGAGUCUUUCAUUUGCCUGGUUGAUUCUGUGAUUCCUAAAGGCAAGAGAUCCUUGAAACGAGGCAGUGUUCAUUCUGUCUACAAAGCUAAGGAAUAUGACGCGACGAUUGAGUUCUACUGGGCACCAUAUCUAGUGGAGUCCAACACUGACAUUCCUAUAAAAGCAGAUGCAGAUGAGAGAAUCAUAAAAGUUGACUCAAUAGCCAAGCGUGCAGAAAUGUGGGUAGGAGCAGAUAUCCUUGUUUUCAAUACUUAUGUUUGGUGGAUGACUGGCUUGAAGAUCAAGUCGUUUUGGGGCUCAUUUGGAGAUGGUGAAGAAGGCUAUGAAUCCUUUGAUGCACCUUUAUCUUACAGAUUAGCACUCAGAACAUGGGCAAACUGGAUAGAUUCAGCUAUAGAUCAUACUAAAACGCGUGUAUUUUUCACCACAAUGUCCCCCGCGCACCAGAGGAGUGAAGACUGGGGCAAGGAAGGUAGGAUGAGAUGUUACAACGAGACGAGGCCGGUGACGAAGGAAGGGUACUGGGGAAGCGGUUCGGACAAGGAGAUGAUGAAGGUGGUGGAAAGCGUGGUGCAAAGCAUGAAAGUCCCAGUUACUUUGAUCAAUAUCACACAGCUCUCAGAGUAUAGAGUGGAUGCUCAUUCAUCGGUUUACUCAGACUCGGAAGACAGAGUGUUGAGUGAUGGGCAGAAAGCAGAGCCUUGGCGAUAUGCGGAUUGCAUACACUGGUGUUUGCCGGGACUCCCUGAUACUUGGAACCGCAUUCUUUAUGCAUUUUUGUAGCCAAGGAAAUAUGAACAUGCAUGAAAGAUGCUACUUCUUCAAAUUAUUUGCAUCAAUGAAUUAGUUGGCCCUGGCAUUAGUCAAUCAUGUGAAAGGAAUAAUGUUUUUGCUCCAUUGUUUAUGAUAUAGGAUUUGUUGAGUUAAUGCAAGUUGGGGGUAAGUAUAGUGACAUUUUCAUGUUUAGUUAUAACCUUUCAAGUUAAUUCUCUGUGA